CAGAUAUCCACGCAGAAGCGGUCUCCUGAGAAGCUGCUGUUGGCAGGCUUGGGGUCUCCACGUCCUCCCUCUGUGAUCCGCGACGAGCUUGAAGAAGGAGGGCGCCUCCCGCCGUCGCUAUGGCAGUGCCCACGAGCAUUUAUCAGAUCAGCUCCGCGCAGUUCGCUGCCCUGGAGGAGGUGCCGACUUUCCAGACGGAAGCGGUAGCCCCUCCGACCAUGCCGCAGGGCAUCCUGCUGCUCUCGCCGGACAGGCUGUGGAGUGCCCAGCAGCUGUCGGAAGAAGCCAUCCGCAAGCGAGAGCUGAGGCUCAGGAAGAACAGAGAGGCGGCGCGCGAGUGUCGCAGGAAAAAGAAAGAAUAUAUCAAGUGUCUGGAGAAUCGCGUGGCGGUGCUCGAAAUACAAAACAAGACCCUCCUGGAGGAGCUUAACUCCCUCAGAGAUCUUCGCUGCCAUAAAGCAGAGUGACUGUUUUUGACUUAAACCUUGUUUUCUGCCACUCUAGUCAAGGCAGGAGACGCAGCCGUUUUAUCGAUUGCCUAGAAAAUUGUUCCACGUGAGUCUUGCGACCCUUUCGAGUUCCGUUUCAUGUAGUGUCUGCACUGGAAUUGGGAACGUUGUCCCAAGAUUUGCGAUGCAGCCACGGUCGCUUUUACAUGCCUGUUCCCUCUGGCAAUCAAUAGCGUGUUUUGUCUUGUUUGCUCUUUUGUGUCUACUUUUUUGUUCAGAUACACUGCUAGAGAAUGUCCGAGUCGAAAGAUACUAUGUCCUAUGUCUGGUGAGUGGUGUUGCACGGCUCAAAGUUCAGAACAGGAAGCUUAGGAGGAACCUGAAACUGUGCGCGAUAUUUGUUCUCCUAAAACAGAUGAGUAGA